AAGAAUUAUGACCAAUGAAGGCGAGUAUAAGAACUUUACCAAACUCUGAACGUUCUCAAUUACUGUUACGCGCAGGGGUAAAAAUAUAUAUUGACUGUCUUUGACAAUGAACGAAGCUACAACUAUUGCUGUUAACAUAAGCGGUCCAAACACCAGCAGUUCUGAACAGAACGGGCCGCCUAGCUCCUGGACGAUUUACGACGAUGCAUUGGAGGGACUGGCCUACGUGAACUAUGUGUUGCUGCCCACCAUGCUGGUCCUAGGAAUUGGGGGAAACAUCCUCACAAUUGUCGUCAUGAUGUCGCCCAAGUUUCGACAACUCACUUCCCGAAUUUACUUGAUUUUCCUCGCGUUGUCCGAUGUAACUUUGCUCUUAACUCAGCCAUUUAAUAAAAUGUUUGUUAUAGAAAUGAUAGGAUCCGAUGUCAGGGCUUUAUCAGACGUAGGAUGUAAAAUUUUCUUUUGGUUUUUCCGGACAGGUAAAAUGACAUCAUCAUGGUUUGUCGUCUGCUUAUGCGUUGAAAGGUUCAUAGCGGUUUGGUUUCCACUGAAAGCUAAAAUUAUUUCCACACAAAAAUCCGCAGCAUUGCUGAUUUUUACAGUAUACUUAGUCAUAGGAUCUUUCAACGGGGCCUGGACAAAAAAUUCAAGAAUUCCCGCUGAUGGCAAAUGCUAUCCGGACUAUUUUGACAAGACCAAUAAAUACGAUGCGGAAGAAUACAAAGCGAUGCUGACAGCCGGCUCUAGUUUGUACUCGCUCGUCCCGCUCUGUAUACUGGCCACCAUCACUCCGCUCAUAGUUUUUAAACUUGCUAGGCAUCGCGAACAACGAAAACGCCUCGCCACUUCGACCAAAAGCGACAGCUCCCAAGCAACCAAGACGACAGCCAUGUUGAUUGGUAUAGUGGUUGCCUACUUUACACUGGUCCUUCCAAUUACGCUUCUACACAACAUAGCUUUCUACUUGGGCAUGAAGUCUUUCGGGGACAACCCCAAGGGGUUCCUUAUUUUCCGAGACGUCGCUCAGAUCCUGGAGCAAAUCAAUUACGGUAUAAAUUUCUAUCUCUACGUUCUGACCUCCACUCAGUUCCGGGAGCAGUUGAAGUUGUCCGUCACUGAGAACAGGCUGGUCAGGAAGAUCCGACAGGUCACCGAGUCAUCCAGCGGCAAGACAGCAUCAACCAGGGCCUCCAAGGAUACCGCUGACAACCCGGAUGUCAGCAACAAAGUUUAGAGCGAGACAAAAACUUUUAUAUUAAACGGAAGAUAGAACAAAGCCGUAAUGUACUGAUUUUGUAGUAUACCGAUUUAUACCUAAUUUGCAGAAUGUUUUAUCAUAGUUAUGAUGUUGUUUGUUACUUUCUUAUAAUAAUAAAUUAAUUAAAAAGUGUUGUGAAAACUUGCUGUUUCCAAGCCCAAAAUUCUUGAUAAGAGUUGUUGAAAGAAUCCGUCUGUAUAUCUGCUUUCUAUUAUGUUUGAAUGAAAAUCAAUA